CGUCGUUUCAACUCAUCUUUUAUUCUUCCUUUCAAAUUUUUACUUCUCUGUUUUCAAACUAGUUAUGAAUGAAUGAAUAUUAAAGGAACUAUUACUUUAUUUAUUUAUGCUUUCUUUUUCUUCUUCUUUGCAUACGAAGUGGUAAACACCAUUGAAACUGAAUACUCUGACACAUAACUCCGAGGUCUCGGGUUUUGCGAGUAAAAUGGCGCCAUCACUAACACAAGCUUGUUGUGUGGAAGAAAUAGUUGGAGAUUUUAAAUGGGGGAACAAAAGAGGAAUUGGUGUGAAGAAUAAAGAUACACAGUUCUAUGAUUCUUUUGUUUAUGAAGGUGUUGAGUAUUUUCUACAUGAUUGUGUUUAUUUUUACCACACUGAUCAUGUUGAAACUUCUAUUGGUAUGCUUGUCAAGAUGUUUGAGAAUGGUCGUAGAAAGAUGAUCAGAGUUGUUUGGUUCUUUCGUCCUUCGGAAAUUCGGAGUUUUCAUCGAAGUUAUCAGCCGAGUUGGAAUGAGUUGUUCUUGGCUUCUGGGAAAGGCAAAGGUCUUACCAAUGUCAAUUCCGUGGAAUCAAUUCUUGGAAAAUGCUGCAUAGUUUGCAGUUCAGAGGAUAAGAGAAAUCCCAAGCCAUCUGAAACAGAGUUAAAGAGAGCAAAUUUCUUUUUCAAAUGUACUUUCGAUGUUGAUAGGCUUGUAAUCGAUGAUAAAUUUCCAGAUAAGAUUGAUGGAAUUGAAGUGGAGCAAUUCUUUAAUAAGAAGAGGGAUAGAAAGACAGGUAACAGUGUGCAUCUUGAGGCAAAUAAAAUGUCUAAAGAUAUCACAAAGAUAAAGAUAAAGACUAUAACAUCGGAGAAUAUUAAACAUGAGGUUAAGACUAAGACCGCUCCUUCAGACAUCCUGCGUUGUAAAGUUGAAGGAACAGCUUCUGAGAUUGUCUCACCAAAGACAUUGUUAGAUUCUUCUCCAUUUAAAAAGAGGAAGGUCUUUGAAGAGAAGUCAAGACUUGGUCAUAGUAGCAACUCUCAAAAGAAAAAGGAAUUUAAUGAGAAGAAAGAGUUGCGACAGGAUGACAGUUAUAAUCCAACCAGGAAAGUUACGGAGGUGACUGAAAGGCCGAAUGCAGAGAAAAGAAAGUGGUUUAAGAAAAUGCCUUGGGAAGAAAGACUACAGAAAGCUCAAGAGCUGGGUACCCUGGUUUUGCUGAGUGAUCUGGAUCCAUCCUACACGUCGUUUGAAGUAGAGGAUCUUGUUUGGCAUGCGCUCAAAGAAAAGGUUGAGGCAAGGAUGAUAGAAUUGAGCCCGACGUCCAAUACAUACUAUGGUAGAGCAUUGGUUAUUUUCAGAUCAAAAGAUGCAGCUGAAAAUGCAAUAUCUGAGUUGACCAGCAGAUGCCUUGUUCUUGAAGGCGGGAGAGUUGUCACUGCCGAGAAGGGAAAAGUAAGAGAGCCACUCAAGCAAAGCACACUCACAGGCCAUCUGUCGAUUAGUAGAGCUGCGCUUCACAAGCAAAGAGAGAUGAGAAAUGCUGUAUCAACAUCACAUUGUUCACAGUCUAAUACAAUUGAAUAUGCGAUGGCCAUCGAAUGGGCACAUCAAUAUGAUAAGUCAGAAGCAUGUUGGAAGUACAUAUGUGAGGUGGGGCAUUUUUUUUUUUUCCGCCAAUGUCAGAUAGGUAAUGUGAAGAGGAAACUUAGAAGAGAAGAGACAGCAUAUUUUUUUGAAGCCUGAUAGUUUUUUUUAAAGAUAAAUAUGAAUUUACAAUAUUUGUUUUUCUCCCAUUGUAACCGAGAAUUUUGGCAGGGAAACAUGAUUUAGUUGUGUUUCCGUAGAUACAAGGAAACCACUCGUGUUUCAGCUGUUUCUACAUUUUUUUUUAUCAAUGUUAGUACAUUGCAUUCUGAACAACUUGAUUGCAAAUUAAUAUUGCAAUUUUUUUUU